UAGGGCAGCUAAUUGAGUGGGUGACGUGAAAAGUGAAAACAGAAACAAAUUGAUGACACUGGCGUAAAGUAAUCAGCUGAUUUCCUUUCUGCGUCGAGCAGGCUUUUGAUAAUUAAUUAAAAGUAAAUAAUAUUGAAAUGGCGGCUCCAUCGUUUCCGUCUGUUGUUCCUCGAAAGGAUGGAUUUUAUGAUAAAUAUAUUAGAAACCAACAGAUUCUCUCACAAGCACAACUAAAGCGACUGAUGGAGCACAAGUAUAGCGCAGAAGGACAAUCAAUAAUAGAACCACCGAUGCAAGUAUUUUGGAAGUGGAUAGUAGAACAGUUACCUCUUUGGUGGGCUCCCAAUGCGAUCACUAUAGUGGGCUUAAUUAUUAACGUUGUCACAACAUUGAUUCUUGCUUUCUACAGUCCUGAUUGUAAGCAGGAGGCACCUCGAUGGGCUUAUUUCUUGAGUGGGUUGGGAUUAUUCAUCUAUCAAACGCUGGAUGCCAUCGAUGGAAAGCAAGCACGCAGAACAAAAUCGAGUACUCCCUUAGGGGAACUCUUUGAUCAUGGCUGUGAUUCUAUUUCAACUGGCACUGUUAUGUUGGGGGCUAGUAUAACCCUUCAGCUUGGCUACACUCCUGGCUGGGUCUUGUUUGAAAACUUAGCUGCUUAUGCUUUAUUUUACUGUGCACAUUGGCAGACCUAUGUCUGUGGAACUCUCAAGUUUGGAAAAAUCGAUGUGACAGAAGGGCAGCUAAUGAUUAUAUUAGUAUAUGUUCUGGCUGGAUUAUUUGGACCUCAGUUUUGGUCAUACGAGAUUCCAGUCCUACACACACAGCUGAAGAUGAUACCUAUUUACUUUAGCCUCCUAGGUGCAGGCAUGCAGUUAAUUUCUGCCUUCAAAGUCAUAUUACUCCAAGGAGGUGUUGGAAAGAAUGGGUCAACGGUGGCUGGCACCAGCACAAUAUUUCCGGUUGUACCUAUCACGGCAGUUAUUCUGCUCGCCUGCAUGAUACAGCAGAAGUCACCUUCACAUUUGUUUGAAAACAAUCCAUGCCUCUACCUGUUAGCCUUUGGUUUGCUGGCUGCCAAAGUGACCAACAGAUUAGUGGUUGCACACAUGACCAAAAGUGAAAUGGAUUUUUGGGAUACUGGGUUUCUAGGACCAGGUGCUUUGUUCCUGAACCAGUAUUUUAAUUGUUGGUUUAAUGAAUACUUUGUUCUCUGGCUUUGUUUGUUGUGGGUCCUGUUUGAUAUAUUAAGAUACUCAGCUAGUGUGUGUCAAGAAAUUUGUGAUUACCUACAAAUCUACUGUUUCACUAUUACCUCAAGGCCAACAAGCAACAAAAAAAUUGAAACCAGUAAUGGAGCAUUGAGCUAAGUCGCCCACCACUGUCAUACCUGGCUUGUAAAUAUAGGUAGUUGUUUGGGUUUUUAUGUGUUUUUGGUCUCCCCUCGGUUAUUGUGAAGAAGAAAAGGCGAGGUCUGCUUCUCUGGGAGCAAGAACUCUUUUAAUGUAUACACACUUGAUCAUUCCCUUCUCAUCAUCAUUGACAUUCUUGGGGAAAGAUGCCAAGUUUAGAAAUACAUCUGUAGGAGCAGUUUCUUUCCAGCUUUCAAAGUUCUCAGUGAAAGUAAUCUAAAUUGGCAACUUUACAGCAGCAACAUAAGCUCGAUUUGUACUAUAUAUCCAUUUUUAGUCAUUAUAAGUGAAAGGCGCAAUAAAAAUGUGACUAAUGGAGAUCUGUGCAAUAAUGUGUUAAUUUCCAUCUGUGCACAUUGUUACAAUCUUUUUGGUUUUACUAUUUGAGGUUAAAACUUCUUCCAUUGAGUCUUUUUUUUUUGGGUAAUUUAUACAUUUUUGAACCAGGGUCCAUCCUGAAUGUAUUUUGUACCAUCACCACUGGAACAUGUGUAAGAAAUAAAGAGAAUUGGCAAAAUGAGAUGUUCUUUUAGUUUAUUCAUCAGUUUUAAUGACAAGUGUUGAAUGUCAUUUGGAAAUACUUGUGGAGGGGAAUGCAGUCUUGCAGAAUGUAUUGUGUACUUUCUUCCUUUUGCUAUUCAAAUCCUUCCAUAUGGCUCAGUACUUUCCCCAAGUUAUUUUAUUACCACUCUUCAGUUUAAAUUGGUGGUCGAAUAUUGAACAUUGAAUCCAUUCCUAAUGCAAAGUAUGAAUGAAAACGCUAAACAUUUCUAUCACAUCAUCUUAAUAACCUUAGAGAAAACUAAAAUAGUAUGUAAAACGUAUAAACUUGGAGAAAACUAAAAUAGUAUGUAAAACGUAUAAACUUAGAGAAAACUAAAAUAGUAUGUAAAACGUAGGAUGCCCUAAAACUAAGAUUGUGGAAGUGCUUUUCGAAUAAGUCACCAGACAUCUAGUAUUGAAUAUAGUACCACUUUCUUUUCUACUAGUCCAUGCAAGAAUUGUUUUGUGCUGUCUUAUUACUAUCUACUAGUUCACUUGACAUAGAAACAUUCCAAGUCUUCUUUUACAUUUUAAAACCUCACAAAUAACUAUUGCACUAGGUGGAAGGUUAGUCUCUAAUGUAUUAAUCAACGCAUAAAAAAACAACUUUAAAAACAGGAGUUGACUUGGUUUUCAUAUUUCACUCUAAAAUGAACAUUUUAACAGCUAUAGCCAAUUUUUAAAAAAGUUCAUGCAAAAACAAUGCAAUAGGUUUGUAGUGUUUAUUAAGAAAAAUCAUCUUCAUUGUCCUUCAAACUGCAGCUUUUUCUUUGAGAGUGUGUUGCCUUUGCUAUUUUGUUGAAUGUUAUUUAUCAAAUGCAUGUUAUUCAUAUAAAAAAAGAGCUAUCAUUUUUUAUGUUCAUAUUUCAGAAGGUCCCUAAGUGUAUAUGUUACAAUGGAACAAAACUAAUUUGUUUUAAAAAAAAAAGGUCCCAAUGUUAUUUUCAGGAACCAAGUAAAAAAAAAAGUACUUAAAAAGUUAUAUUCAAUCAAAACUAAACCUUUUAAUGCUUUUUCUUUGGUUUUCCAGUUUAAGAAUGCAUUUAGUCUAUUU